AUGGAUAGAAGUGAGCUUGAUUGGAUGGACUAUAGCAAUCUGGGAAGGAGAAGGGAAAGUGAGGGCAAGCAUAACUACUUGGUUGACAGAAUCAGUUAUCUGCCCUACGAAAUUCUUGUAAGUAUUGUGUCUCUUUUGUCACUAAAGGAAGCAGCAGCUACUAGUGUUCUUUCUAGGCGAUGGGAGAAGGUGUGGAAGCAUACAACGAAUCUUAACUUUGAAGAUCUCGACCUUUCUGUUGGUGAUAAUUGUCGCUGCUUCAAAGCCCUAGAACAAAAUCUAAGAGAUGAGAAAAGCCGUAAUUAUGUCAAUUGGGUGGAUCGUGUGUUGGUACAGCAUGAAGGCCACAACAUUGAGCGAUUCAGGGCUUUCUUCUUUCUAAAUAGCAGGUUUACGAAUCCCAUUGAUAAGUGGAUUGAGUUUGCAAUGCAAAAGAGAGUUCAAGUACUUGAGUUGCAGUUUUUUGUAAAGCAAUAUUAUUGUACCAGAGAUAACUAUGCAUUUCCCGAAAACUUAAUAGGUCUCGGUGGAGAAGGUGAAUCUUCGAAGCACAUUCCAACACUACACUCAUGCCGAUACAACAAUGUUGGUUUCAAAUUCCUCAAAGUUCUUCGUUUGCAGCACAUUGGUAUGACUGAUGAAGUUCUUGAGUACUUCUUAUCUAAUUGUCCAGUUCUUGAGAGAUUAACUGUGACAGUUGCAGAAAACUUGGUUUGUGUAAAAGUUGUUGGUCCGUCAAUCUCAGUGAAGUAUUUGGCAGUAAAUAAUUGUCCUAACCUCAAAAGCAUUGAGAUUUGCAACGCAAAUAUUGCUUCAUUUGUCUAUAGGGGAGCUUGUAUAGAGCUCCUUAUUAGUAACGUUCCCUUGCUGAUUGAGGUCCAUAUAUCUGAGAGAGCUCUUGAUAAUGAUUAUACAACACUUGCCUUCACCAGACUUUCAUCUUGUCUUUCUCAUUUGGAGAUUCUGAAGCUGGAUAUUUGGGGAGUGCUCUACAAUCCGAAUUGUGACUUUCCUGUAUUGGAAAUUCUGAAGCAUUUGGAAUUAAAUGUUGAGACAAAUUACCAUUCGGCUCUUUAUCAUCUGUAUUCGUUCAUGAAGGCUUGUCCUCACAUCGAGAGACUUGCACUGAAGUUGGACUUCCGAACAUACGUCGAAACACCAGUAAGCAAAGCUCCCAAAUUCUCUCAUCAUAGCCUCAAGGUAGUAGAAAUUAUGGGUUAUCGUGGCUAUCAAAGUGUUGUCGAACAUGUCAAGUACUUGAUAGAGAAUGCUGUUGCACUAGAGAAGAUUAUUAUUGAUCCUGUUCAGCGUUGGAUUUGGCCCCCCAAAAUGGACAGAGGAAGUACAAUGGUGGAUGAGGAAGUGCAGGCAAGAAAGCAUGCCAAGGAACACCUUAAAGAAAGAGUUCCUUCUACUAUAGAAUUUUUAUGCUUAUAG